AUGCCAAGUCUUCUUGCCACGAUCCUGCACCUCCUCUCCUUCGUCGUCGAUGCCGGCCGUCUCCUCCUGCGGUUGGCGUGUUCGGCGUCGUCCCGCUCGUCCGAGGAGGAACGUCCGGAGGUGGCUGCGGCAUGCUCCACGGAGCUUCGCGACCGAGAGCUCCCCGUGGCGCGCUACGGCGAGCAGCGUGGAGCGGAGCACGAGCGGUGCUGCGUGUUCUGCCUGAGCGGCAUCGAGGACGACGACGAGGUGAGGGUGCUCAGAUGCCUGCAUCUGUUCCACCGCUGCUGCCUCGACCGGUGGCUGGCCGCGCGGCCGGCGGCGACGUGCCCGCUCUGCCGUGGCAAGCUCCUCACGGUCACGGCGGCGAAGUACUGCCCCGGCGGAGAACAGGAGGAGUGGAGGAGCAUCGAGGGGAUGUGCAUGGUCAUGCUCAUGGCCUGCGUGCAUAGGCGUAGCUCGGCUCCGGCGGUUUAGAAUGCCACGGCGGCCGGGGGGGCGGCGUACGUGCAUUGAGGGGAUGUGAUAGGGUGUUGCUUUCAACAAAAUGAAGUUGAUGUGAUCAGCAUUUGGAUUUGCAGUUGGGAAUGUACAUUAUUGUUCCAUAAUUCAGUGAUAUUACUUUUUGAAUACGGCUCGUGGCCCCUAGUC